UUCACAUGCAGACCUACUAUCAGCACGCAUUUCUCUGCUCUCUGAAACUCUUUCUGUUUUUGUGAGAAUGUCUUUGACUGCUGAGAAUCACUCUGUACCUCUAAGUGACGGAAACAGCAUUCCUCUGAUAGGCCUGGGAACAUAUGCGGAUCCACGGCAGACACCAAAAAGAACCACCUAUGAGGCUGUGAAAGUGGCCAUCGAGGCUGGGUACAGACAUAUUGAUGGAGCGCUGGUCUAUUUCAAUGAACACGAGGUGGGGGAAGCCAUCAGGGAGAAGAUCGCAGAUGGGACCGUGAAACGAGAGGACAUCUUCUACUGUGGGAAGCUAUGGAACACCUUCCACCCACCAGAGAUGGUGCGACCGGCACUCGAGAAAACCUUGAAGACUUUGCAGUUGGAUUAUGUUGACUUGUACAUUGUUGAAAUGCCAACAGCCUUCAAGCCUGGAGAUGUUUUCUAUCCAAGAGACGAGGAUGGAAAGUACAUCUAUCAUGAAACAGACCUGUGCGCCACAUGGGAGGCACUGGAAGCAUGUAAAGACGCUGGACUCACUCGAUCUCUUGGCGUGUCUAACUUCAACAAGAGGCAACUGGAGUUGAUUUUCAACAAACCAGGUCUGAAGCACAAACCAGUUUCCAACCAGGUCGAGUGUCACCCCUAUUUCACUCAGCCGAAGUUGCUGGAGUACUGUCGUCAGAAAGAGAUCGUCAUUGUGGGCUACAGCCCCUUGGGAACAUCAAGAGAUCCAUCCUGGGUCAAUCUAAAAAACCCACCGAUGCUGGAUGACAAGUUGUUGGUGUCACUGGCCAAGAAGUACAAUAAGACCACAGCGCAGCUCGCCCUUAGGUUCAACGUACAGAAGGGAGUGGUGGUCAUCCCCAAGAGCUUCAACCCAGUUCGGAUAAAGGAGAACUUCCAGAUUUUCGACUUCUCAAUUUCUGAUGAAGAUAUGAAAGCUAUAGAGGGUUUAAAUAAGAAUAUACGUUUCGUGGAGCUUCUCAUGUGGGCAGACCACCCUGAGUAUCCAUUUCAUGAUGACUAUUAGAUGAAGAACGUGCUCAAGUUGCUCCAGCCGCUUGCAUCUUCCUGCAGAAUAUUUGAUUUUGUUCAAGAGAGAGCUUCAACUUGCCACUUUGUAGUUUGGACAGGUUCACAUGUAGGCUAUUGGUGUUGGGGUUAGGGAAGAAUGGUGCCAACUGAAAAGAUGUAUUUUAAGAAUAAAUACAUUUGCUCUGAUGCUA